GCUCAACAUACGUGCAGUCUCAUCCAUACAGUCUCACACAGCGAAACGGAAACGAAGAACAAGAAGGAAAAAUAGUUUUUUAUCAAAAUUUGUGUCACUCCAAGAGAAGAAGCGCUCACUGGAUUUAUCGACCCUACAUUUUCUAGACUAUCAGCUUCACCGCCACCUUCUACUGAAGUAUUCCUGGGUAAUUACUUAAGUUAGUAACUACCCAAUCAACCAUGGCGCUCCUGGAAGAAUUCGCGGAGGCGAAGGUAUCGGUGCUUACGAACGACGGCAAGUACUUUGUGGGCCUGCUAUCCGGCUUCGACCAGGCGACGAACGUGAUUCUGACACAGUGCAACGAACGGGUCUACCACGCUGACGACGCUGCCGAGGAGAUUUAUGGAAGCGUCAGGUUUGAAAUCGACAAAGUUGAAAUGAUUUGUCAUGCAUAAAAUGUAGAGCACUGAUGGCCUGUAUUGGGGAGCAGGCAAAUGAUACCGAUUGCAAGCCUGUUUAGGGGUAUGCAAUGCGCUGCCAGUGUAGCAUCACAAGAGCAGUCUCCUUUGCCAAAACAGCAUGACAGACUGGAUUUUGGCGCUCCUAAAAUUUGUCAUGCGCCGCUUGGAAACUGAGGCUCCAACUGGUAUCGAUUUUAUGCAUCACAAAUUUUUCGAUUUUGUCGAUUUCGAUUCUGACACAUCCAUAAGAUUUUCCUCGGUCUCUACGUGAUCCGCGGGGACACCAUUGCGGUGAUUAGCGAACUAGACGAGGGUAUGGACGACCAAAUCGACCUGAAAACCAUACGAGCCAGUCCCAUGAAACCCGUGGUGCACUGAGCGAAGACAUAGAAAUCACGCGACGCGAGUCGUUAGUACGAUUAAGCUGCCACUGCUCGUCUCGUUGCGUACAAUCAUAAUCAACACUUUAGCUCACUUCCUUCGCGCACGCUAGCAUCGGAACGAAUCACAACCGGAAAAGAAAGAAUGUCGACGUCACCGAUGUCGGCAGCAAGAUUAUCUACGAGGUCCUUCUAGUGUUCGACGUAGUUGUUUACGAUAGCAACUUUAAGAAAAUCCGACACGAAGUGACGAGGAACAGUCACGCGUUUUAUGGCUGUUUCGCACCUGCAAGUAGAUCAAAAAUGCAGAUUGUUGGAGAGAAACUGUCCCGAGGAGCAACUUUUGUGAGCCAAAAAUGGCAGGAGCUAGUACUUUUUCAUCCGCGUCUAACGUGUCUCAGUGUCUUUGUGAGGCGUGCGCGCUGGGCGAUCUGGACCGCGUUCAAUCGCUUCUCGCCGACAUCAAAGCUACAAGUGCUGAUGAAGCAGCGCUCCUUCGCAGUCCGUCAGUGAUCCGCUUGAAGCCAGAACUGGACCGAAAACUCGGGUCGCAUGCAGUUUGGACAGAGCAGGAAGACGAAGAGCCGGAGUCCAGUUCUAUUAAACCUGUUCUGGGCUCAGUCUUCACUCCGGGAUUUGACACGUAUCUGUUACGCUCUAAGGAAACUGCGAACGCGAGCGGCAUGACCGGGCCCUGCAAAUCUUGCUCGGUUUUGCAAUAUGCGGCCUUCUCGGGGAGCGUAAAACUCGUAAAAUUUCUUGUUGAAGAGAAAAAACUCCCACGAGAUCUGAAGGGUGAAUUUUCGUGGUCUCCCGCGAGCAUCGCCUAUUGCCGACGGUUCAAAGAAGUAGCGGAGUUCUUGCAAAAAAAAUUUCCAGAACAAAGUUCGUCAAU